AUGUUUACACGCAAUUUUGACAUCAGUUUCUCUGCAACCGUGUUCAUUACGGAUAUGCUUUUCAAACUUGUCUCGACUGAGGAAGAGCCGGGCACAUUCAUUCUCACUGGAAUUUGUGGCCAGAGAGCCUUCUCAAGAUCAUGA